UUCGACUGUAGCUCCGGACAGCGGGCGGCCGGACAGACGGCUGCACAGUGCAGCCGGACCCCGAGUGAACCGACACACGGCAGGGCAGACGCGUAGACCGAAAGGAGGCACAGGGAAGCGGGCGGCGGCAGCGACGACCCACAGACCGUUGCCCAAGGAAUCCCUUGCCCCGGCCCCGCCCGCAUCCCUCGCAUCGGACGGAGGGGAACAGGCGGGGAAUUCGCUGUGGCCGGUUCUUCCUGCUCCGUCGGUGCUAGCUUCCCUCGCGGGGGGCACACGGGACGCGCGGGCAGGGGUGCAGGGGGGCUUGGCGCCCGGGCCAGUACUGAUGGCAGACGCCACGGUCGGGGCGCAGACCACCUUCGGGGCCUGGGACUACGGGGUCUUUGCGCUCAUGUUGCUGGUGUCCACGGGCAUCGGGCUGGGGGUCGGGCUGGCACGCGGCGGGCAGCGCAGCGCGGAGGACUUCUUCACGGGCGGCCGGAGCCUGACCGCCCUGCCCGUGGGCCUGUCGCUGGCCGCCAGUUUCAUGUCGGCGGUGCAGGUGCUGGGCGUGCCGGCCGAGGCCUACCGCUACGGCCUCAAAUUCCUGUGGAUGUGCCUGGGCCAGUCGCUCAACUCGCUGCUCACCGCCAUGCUCUUCUUGCCGGUCUUCUACCGCCUGGGCCUCACCAGCACCUACCAGUACCUGGAGAUGCGCUUCGGCCGUGCAGUACGGCUCUGCGGGACGGUCCAGUACCUAGUGGCCACCAUGCUGUACACUGGCAUCGUGAUCUACGCCCCCGCGCUCAUCCUGAACCAAGUGACCGGGCUGGAUAUCUGGGCGUCACUCCUAUCCACCGGAGCCAUCUGCACCUUCUACACAACUGUGGGUGGCAUGAAGGCUGUGGUCUGGACUGAUGUGUUCCAAGUUCUGGUCAUGCUGACGGGCUUCUGGGUGAUCCUGGCCCGAGGCACUAUGAUUGUAGGCGGGCCCCAGCGAGCGUUUGAGCUUGCCCAGAACAACUCCCGGAUCAACCUGAUGGACUUUAACCCUGACCCACGAAGCCGCUACACAUUCUGGACUUUUGUGGUGGGUGGCACAUUGGUGUGGCUCUCCAUGUAUGGCAUGAACCAGGCGCAGGUGCAGCGCUACGUGGCCUGCCGCACAGAAAGGCAGGCUAAGCUGGCCGUGCUCAUCAACCAGCUGGGCCUGUUCCUGAUUGUGGGCAGUGCUGCUUGCUGUGGCAUCGUCAUGUUCACGUUUUACAAUGAUGGUGACUGUGACCCUCUCCUUGCUGGUCGCAUCACUGCCCCUGACCAGUAUAUGCCCUUGCUGGUGUUGGACAUCUUCGAGGACCUGCCUGGCAUCCCGGGCCUCUUCUUGGCCUGUGCCUACAGUGGUACCCUCAGCACAGCGUCCACCAGCAUCAACGCCAUGGCCGCAGUCACUGUGGAGGACCUCAUUAAGCCGCGGCUGCCGAACCUGGCGCCCCGGAGGCUCAUGAUCAUCUCCAAGGGGCUCUCUCUCAUCUAUGGCUCUUCCUGUCUGACUGUGGCAGCUCUGUCUUCGCUGCUUGGAGGCGGUGUCCUCCAGGGUUCCUUCACCGUCAUGGGCGUCAUCAGCGGCCCCCUGCUGGGAGUCUUCGUCCUGGGAAUGUUUCUUCCAGCCUGCAACACUGCGGGAGUCCUCUCUGGGCUCGGCAUUGGUGUGGCUCUCUCGCUGUGGGUGGCCCUGGGUGCCACCCUGUACCCGCCCAGUGAGCAGAUCAUGGGGGUUCUGUCCACCUCGGCGGAAGGCUGCGCCGCGUCCCCAGCCAACGUCUCUGGCCUCCUGGGUCCGCUACUCGCCUCCAAUGCCUCCAGCGGCGAGCCCAGCCCAGGGAUGGACCCCAACCGACCUGCCUUGGCUGACACCUUCUAUGCCAUCUCCUAUCUAUAUUAUGGUGCCCUGGGCACGCUGAGCACCAUUCUGUGUGGAGCCCUGAUCAGCUGUCUGACAGGGCCCACCAAGCGCAGUGCCCUGGGCCCCGGGCUGCUGUGGUGGGACUUCAUGAAGCAGACAGCAUCAGUUGCCCCCAAGGGGGAAGAGGCCCCCCUAGAUGACAACUUGGCCAAGGGUCCCGAGGAACUACCCCUUGGAGCCAAGAGGUCUCCUGACUUCCUGCCCAUCCAUGAGGAUGGCCUACUUUUCCUGGGGCAGAAGGAGGUGGAGGUUGCUGGCUCACGGACCACCCACAGUGGCCAAGAUGAUGGCCCGGACCUGCGGGAGUCGAAUCUCUGAGGGUGGGGCCAGCCCGACUGACUGCCAGGGAAGGGACUUGUGGACUGGCCAAUCCCAGGCUGGGGGUGAGGAGGGUGGCUAAUGGUCUGGGCUCCAACUGGCUGGACCCACAAUAUGUACACAUUAGCCUGAGUGUCCCUGCCCUGCAAGAAGAGGAGAAACCCCACCUCCAGGCCAUUUUGUCCAGCCCCCUGCCUCCAGCCACCUUUGGUCUUAGAUGCUGCACCCCUGCUGCUCCCCUCAGAACAGUGCCAGAUGCUUGUCUAGAAUGCAAAUGUUGGAGUUUCCUGUGGACAAUAUAGAAAACCUCCAAGGCCAACAUCAGAGUCUCAGAAAGACCCCAGCUCUUCCCUGUGAUACAUCUGGACCUUAGAGAAGAUUUUGGAGGUUCUCGUAUCCAACCCCCCUUUCCCCCAUUUCACAGGUGGGAAAACUGAGGCCCAGAGAGGGGUAGCAACUUGGCAGGGUCACACAACACACCAGGAACUCAUGGAGAGUCUCUCCCUCCUUGGUCCCCUCUCUGUUUUCCUCCCUUGGGGGAUCUGAAGCCACUCCAUCUUGAACCUUGGAACCUGAUCCAGGCUGGGCACUUUAGCCAUCUCAUUCAUCAAAGACCCUGAACCUAUUUUAUGGAAGAUGAAACUGAGGCUGAGAUUGAGGUCACACAGCAAGGGGGUCGGGGCAGGGACGGGUCUGGGGCUGCAGGAUGAUAAAGCCCCACUGUUCCUAUCACCAGUGUAAAGGGUCAGGGUGGGGGCCCUGUGACAAGUUUGGACCAUCAAAAACUUGGGUGCUGGGGCUUGGUGUUCCAUGCUCUCUGAAAAAUUACCCUGCCACCGCCUCAGAUCUCCUCAGUAAGGUCUGAGUGCAAAUCUCUGCCCCUCGGCUGUGGAUUGAAUUAUGUCCCCCAAAAGGUUUGACUAACCCCCAGUACGUGUGAACAUGACCUUGUUUGGAAGUAAGGUCUUUGCAGAUGUUAUCAGUUGGGUUAACAUGAGGUCAUACUGGAGUAGGGUAGAUCCUAAUCCUGUGGCUGCUGUCCUUCUAAGAGAAGAGACACAGGAAGACACAACUAUUGAUUGAAUUGUGUCCCCCAAAAUUAUGUGAUGAAAUCCUAACCCCUCUACCUGUGCAUGUGAUCCCACUUGGGUAUAGGGUUUUCUUUGUUGUGUUCAUGAGAUCAUAUCAGUAUAGGGUGUGUCUUAAACCUAACCACUUUUGAGAUAUAAAAAGAGCAGAUUAGGCACAGAGACAAAAAGCAAACACAAAUGGAGGGGAAGGUAGAUGCCACGUGGAGAUUGCCAAGGAAUCAAGAAAUGCCAGGUCUGCAGAAACUGAAAGAGACCUUCCCCCAGAGCCAAGAGAGAGCCUUCCUCUAGAGCUGGUGCCCUGAAUUCAGAUUUCUAGCCUCCUGAACUGUGAGAAAAUAAAUUUCUGUUCUUUAAAGCCAUCCUCUUGUGGUAUUUCUGUUACAGCAGCACUAACUAAGACAGACAGCAUGUAAUGCUGUGGCUGUAAGCUAAGGAAUGCCGGAAGCCACCAGAAGCUAAGAGAGGCUUGAAACAGAUUGUCCCACAAAGCCUCCGAUGGAACCAACACGGCCGACACCCUGAUCUCAGACUUCUGGCCUCCGGAAUUGAGACAAAAAAUUGCUGUUUUUGUAGGCCGCCCACUUUGUGGUACUUUGUUACUUUGUUACAGCAGCCACAGGAGACUAAUAUAGCCCCCAUCCUUGACCCUCAGCCUGCUGGUAAAUAAACUCUUGAGUAUUUACAGAGUGAACCAGGUGAUUACUUCAGUGUAGGGGUGUAUCUUGCUCCCCUUUUGGACGAAAAGCUCCUGAAUCUGCCCCUCCUCACUGCCACCUCCGCACAGUUUCUCCUAUUAUUAACAUCUUAAAUUCCUGUGGUACAUUUGUUACAAUUGAUGAAGCAAUAUGGAUACAUUAUUAUUCACUCAAGUCCAUAGUCUUUGUGAAGGUUCACGCUUUGUGUUGUGCAGAUCUGUGGAUUUUGACAAACACAUCACGUCAUGUGUUCUCUACUACAAUAUCACACAGAACACUUUCAAUGCCUUAAAAAUGCCCUGUGUUCCACCUAGUCAUCCCUCCCCUGACCAGCCCUUGGCAACUACUGAUCUUUUCACUGUCUCUAUAGUUUUGCCUUUUCCAUAAUGCCCUAGAGUUGGAAUCACGUGGUAUGUAGCCUUUUCAGGCUGCCUGCUUUCA